CUAUGCAACCCCAGCGUGACCUGCGAGGCCUCUGGCUUCCACUGCUGUCCUGGUUCCUGGUGGUCUUUGAGGUGGCCAGAGCCGGCCGGCCGGUGUUUACCUGUCCUGCCGCCUGCCUGUGCGCCAGCAACAUCCUCAGCUGUUCCAAGCAGCAGCUGCCCAACGUGCCCCACGCCUUGCCCAGCUACACCACCCAGUUAGACCUCAGCCACAACAACCUGAGCCGCCUGCGGGCGGAGUGGACCCCCACGCACCUUCCUUACCUGCACUACCUGCUGCUGAGCCACAACCACCUGAACUUCAUCUCCUCGGAGGCCUUCUCCCCAGUACCCAACCUGCGCUACCUGGACCUCUCCUCCAACCAGCUGCGGACACUGGAUGAGUCCCUGUUCAGUGACCUGCGGGCCUUGGAGGUGCUGCUGCUUUACAAUAACCAUAUCAUGGCGGUAGACCGCUCGGCCUUCGAGGACAUGGCCCAGCUGCAGAAACUCUACCUGAGCCAGAACCAGAUCUCCCGCUUCCCUCUGGAACUGGUCAGGCUCCCCAAGCUCACACUCCUGGACCUCUCCUCCAACAGGCUGAAGACCUUACCGUUGUCCGACCUGCAGAAGCUGCCUGCGUGGGUCAAGAACGGGCUGUACCUGCACAACAACCCCCUGCACUGCAACUGUGAGCUCUACCAGCUCUUCGCGCACUGGCAGCACCGACAGCUGAGCCCCGUGGUGGACUUCCAGGAGGACCUGCACUGCCUGAGCGCCAAGAAGCUGCACAGUGUUUUCAACCUCAACUGCAGCGAGUACAAGGAGCGUGCCUGGGAGGCCCACCUGGGUGACACCUUGACCAUCCAUUGUGACACCAAGCAGCAGGGGAUGACUAAGGUGUGGGUGACCCCCAGCAAUGAACGGGUGCUAGACAUGGAGGCCAACAGCACAGUGACGGUGUUUGAGAAUGGCAGUCUUCACUUCCAGCGGGUGCAGGUUGAGGACGGGGGGGUGUACACCUGCUUCGCCAUGGGGGAGACUUUCAAUGAGACACUGUCUGUGGAGUUGAAGGUGCACAAUUUCACCUUGCACGGACACCACGACACCCUCAACACAGCCUAUACUACCCUGGUGGGCUGUAUCCUCAGUGUGGUCCUGGUCCUCAUAUACCUGUACCUCACCCCCUGUCGCUGCUGGUGCCGGGGUGUCGAGAAGCCUUCCAGCCACCAAGGAGACAGCCUCAGCUCUUCUAUGCUUAGUACCACACCCAACCACGAUCCUAUGGCCGGUGGGGACAAGGAUGAUGGUUUUGACCGGCGGGUGGCCUUCCUGGAACCUGUUGGACCUGGGCAGGGUCAAAAUGGCAAGCUCAAGCCAGGCAACACCCUGCCGGUGCCCGAGGCGACAGGCAAGGGCCAGCGGAGGAUGUCGGACCCGGAAUCCGUCAGCUCGGUCUUCUCUGAUACGCCCAUUGUGGUGUGAGCAGGAUGGGUUGGUGGGGAGAUUCUGCCCCAGGAGAGGUAAUGCACCCCUGAAGGAUUUGAGGGGAUGGAAGAGAGGGCUGGCUGC